UGCAGUUUCUCUUUGCCUGACUAGAAAAAGGAAAAUCAGUCUGCUGUCUUCUGGUGGAACAGGUUUAUUUAGCUAACAGAACAAUGCAAUCUACGCUGAGUUUAACAACGGAAGAAACUGUUAAGAGAAAGACUGUUAAGAAGUACAAAAUAAUUUGUAUUGUCCUUCUCAUUUUGUUGGUGGCUGUGUCACUUGCAUUAGGCCUGGUGGCUGGACUCAGACGACCAGAAGAGCAAGGUAGCUGCAGAAAAAAAUGCUUUGAUGCCUCACAUAGAGGACUAGAGGGCUGCCGCUGUGAUGCAGGAUGUAAAGGCCGAGGCGACUGCUGCUGGGACUUUGAAGACACCUGUGUGCAAUCAACUCAAAUAUGGACGUGCAAUAAAUUUCGCUGUGGGGAGACCAGAUUGGAAUCCAGCCUUUGCUCUUGUUCAGAUGACUGUUUACAGAGGAAAGACUGCUGUGCUGACUAUAACACUGUUUGCCAAGGAGAAACCCCAUGGGUGGAAGAAGAGUGCAGCACAGCCCAGCAGCUUCAGUGCCCAGAAGGGUUUGACCUGCCACCAGUUAUUUUGUUUUCCAUGGAUGGAUUUAGAGCUGAAUAUCUACAGACAUGGAGUACUCUAAUACCUAACAUCAAUAAACUGAAAACAUGUGGAGUUCAUUCACAAUACCUGCGACCUGCCUUUCCAACCAAAACCUUCCCAAAUCAUUAUACCAUUGUCACGGGGUUAUAUCCAGAAUCACAUGGCAUCAUUGACAAUAAUAUGUAUGAUGUAAACCUCAACAAGAAUUUUUCACUUUCUUCAAAGGAGAAAGAUAAUCCAGCUUGGUGGCAGGGGCAACCAAUCUGGCUGACAGCAAUGUAUCAAGGUUUAAAAGCUGGUACUUACUUUUGGCCAGGAUCAGAUGUGGCUAUAAAUGGCACCUUUCCUUCCAUAUAUAAGAGAUACAACGGAAGUGUCACAUAUGAAGAGAGGAUAUUUACAUUGUUACAGUGGCUGGACCUACCCAAAGCUGAAAGACCCGAUUUUUACACCGUAUAUGUGGAACAACCUGAUUCUGCAGGACACAAUUAUGGACCAGUCAGUGCCGGAGUAAUUCAAGCCUUACAGUUGGUAGAUAACACUUUUGGAUUGUUAAUGGAAGGCCUAAAGCAGAGAAACUUAGUCAAUUGUGUCAAUAUAAUCCUUUUGGCUGACCAUGGAAUGGAUCAGACCUAUUGUGACCAACUGGAAUAUAUGACUGACUAUUUUUCCAGUAUAAACUUCUACAUGUUUGAAGGACCUGCCCCCCGCAUCAGGACUCGUAACAUACCUGAUGAUUUUUUUACCUUUAAUUCUGAAGAAAUUGUUAGGAACCUCAGUUGCCGAAAACCUGAUCAGCAUUUCAAGCCCUAUUUGAGUCCUGAUUUGCCAAAACGCCUACAUUUUGCCAAACAUGUCAGAAUUGACAAAGUCAAUCUUUUGGUGGAUCGACAGUGGCUAGCUGUGAGGAAUAGAGCAUAUUCAUACUGUGGAGGAGGCAACCAUGGUUAUGACAAUGAGUUUAAGAGCAUGGAGGCUAUCUUUUUGGCACAUGGACCCAGUUUUAAACAGAAGACCGAAGUUGAACCAUUUGACAAUAUUGAAGUCUAUAACCUAUUAUGUGAUCUGCUACACAUUCAACCAGCACCAAACAAUGGUACCCAUGGUAGUUUAAACCAUCUUCUGAAGGUGCCUUUUUAUGAACCAUCCCAUGCAGAGGAAUUGUCAAACUUUUCUGUUUGUGGCUUCACUGCUCCAUUGCCCACAGAUACUCUAGCAUGUUCAUGCCCCAGACUACAAAAUAAUUCUGACCUUGAACGUGUGAAUCAAAUGCUAAAUCUCACCCAAGAUGAAAUAACAGCAACAGAGAAACUCAAUUUGCCAUUUGGGAGGCCCAGGCUUAUACAGAAGAACAAGGAGCCCUGUCUCCUUUAUCACAAGGAAUAUGUCAGUGGAUUUGACAAAACUCUCAGGAUGCCGCUUUGGAGCGCGUAUACGGUCCCUAAACCAGGAGACACAUCGCCUCUUCCUCCCACUGUCCCAGACUGUCUGCGGGCUGAUGUCAGGGUGGCUCCUUCUGAGAGCCAGAAUUGUUCCUUCUCUUUAGCAGACAAGAAUAUCACCCACGGCUUCCUCUAUCCUCCUGCAAACAAUAGAACUUCCAAUAGUCAAUAUGAUGCUUUAAUUACAAGUAAUUUGGUCCCUAUGUAUGAAGCAUUCAAAACCAUGUGGAAUUACUUCCAUAGUAUUCUCCUUAUAAAAUAUGCCAUGGAAAGAAAUGGAGUCAAUGUGGUUAGUGGACCAAUAUUUGAUUAUGAUUAUGAUGGCCAUUUUGAUGCUCCAGAUGAAAUUGCAGCUUAUGCAGUCAACACCAGUGUUCCCAUUCCAACGCACUACUUCGUGGUGUUAACUAGUUGUAAAAAUCAAAGCCAAACCCCUGAUGCCUGCACUGGCUGGCUGGACGUCUUACCCUUUGUCAUCCCUCAUCGACCUACCAAUGUGGAAAGUUGUCCUGAAAAUAAACCAGAAUCUCUUUGGGUUGAAGAAAGAUUCAAUGCACAUACUGCCCGCGUGCGUGAUGUGGAACUUCUUACUGGACUUGACUUUUAUCAAGAAAAAGCACAGCCUGUCUCUGAAAUUUUGCAACUAAAGACAUAUUUGCCUGUAUUUGAAACCGUUAUUUAACUUAAUAUAUAAAACAACCUUGGCAAAUUGUGAAUGAUUUUUUUCCUGUUGAAGACCAUAAAAUAAAAUUUUCUAUUUUCCUUAACUCCACUAAAAGCUGUAUUGUGUAAUUUUAAUUAUUCCUUUCUCUUUUUCAUUUAUAUAAAAAUAUAAUGUUUUAAAGUUA